AUGGCCGGCCCCAACACCCGCCGCAACACGGCCAUUGCGGCCUCCGUGCUCUACUUCCUCACCAUCCCCUUCCUCAUCCUCGUCCUCAUCGGCAACACCAAGAAGUCGUCGUCGGUCCUGACCGACAUCUACUUCUUCAAGCUCGACGUCUCGCAAAUCAUACCCAUCGCCGUCGCCAACUCCAACCUGCUCAACUCGGUCGCCAGGAGCCUCGGCCUGCACGACUUUUACUCGGUCGGCCUGUGGAACUUUUGCGAGGGCUACAAUGACGAAGGCGUCACGUACUGCUCCACGCCCACCCAGUUCUACUGGUUCAACCCCGUCGAGAUCCUCGUCAGCGAGCUCCUCGCCGGCGCAAAGAUCGCCCUGCCCUCCCAGGUCGAGACCAUCCUCACCCUGCUGCGCAUCGGCUCCCAGGUCAUGUACGGCUGCUUCAUGGCCGGCACCGUCGUCAACUUUGUCCUCAUCUUCGCCUCGCCGCUCGUCAUCCGCACGCGGUGGUUUACCCUCCUCUUCGGCACUAUUGCCCUCGGCUCGGGCAUCGUCCUCACCGUCGCCGCCAUCAUCGCCACCGUCAUCAGCGUCGCCGCCAAGAUUGCCCUGACCGCCCAGGACCAGCUCAACCUCCAGGCCGUCAUUGGCGUAAAGAUGUUCGUCUUUAUGUGGAUCGGCGCCGUCUUCACCGACGUCGCCUUCCUGCUUCACGCCGGCAUGGCAUGCUGCUGCAAGCCCAACAGGGCGCCUCGGCAGACGGAGACGCCCAGGGACAGCUCCGAGGAGAAGCCCUCCAAGGUGGCUCUGCCCAGCUUUGUGCGUCGGAGGAGGGGCGCUGCUGCGUCAUAA